AGAAUUCUGAUAAUCCAAGUAUGUCCCCGGCACCGGAACUGCAAAUUCCUACCGUAACCCGUCAAUCGGAUGGUACUAAGAUCCAUGAAAUUUCGGGCCACAAGUUCAAAGCCGUCGGACUUGCUCAGCCGACGUUUUGCUCAUUUUGCUCCAAAUUCAUAUAUGGUGUUGGAAAACAGGGUUACAAGUGUCUAGGCUGUGAGACAGUCGUUCAUAAGCGGUGCCAUGCCCUCAUCACCGCCCGCUGCACCUUCGGACCAUCUUCCCGAGCUCCGGUUCCUGCUGAAACUACAAAUCUGAAAACUCGUCGUAGCCGAUCUGCUUCGGAAGAACCUCCAUCAAAUACUCAUCACUUUAACAAGCAUUUCUUCACUCGCCCGACAUUUUGUGAUCACUGUGGAAGUAUGCUCUAUGGGCUCACGAAGCAAGGCGUUCAGUGCACGGAUUGUCAUGCAAAUGUUCAUUUUCGAUGCCAGGAAAAGGUUUUGAGGAAUUGUGGAAUUCAGUGUCAAUAAAUAUUGAAAAAAUUGAGAAAAAAAAUAAAGAAAAAUGAAGAAAAUUGGAGAAAGUUAAAUUUGAUAAUCAGUCAUAAACUCAUAUUGUUUUCCGGAAUAAAGUUAUUAUAGUUAC